UUAUCAAAGGUUAGCGUUGGCUAGGGUUUGAGCAGAAAAGAGAUUGUGUUGGAUUGGUUUCCAUUCCCAAUUCCCCAAUCGUGUUGGGUGGCCAUGGAUUCUCUACUGGCGAACUAUGCCUCUUCAGAUGAAGAAGAAGAUCAACAACCAUCACCACCAAAAACGACGACGUUUUCCUCCCUUCCUCAACCCAAACUUUCUCUGUUUCAAUCCCUUCCUCAACCCAAAUCUUCUCUGUUUCAAUCCCUUCCUCCACCCAAACAACCUUCCACCGAAAGCUCUUCCCUCCCUAACCCUAACCCUAACCCUAACCCUGACCCUAAACCCCAAAUCGAAAAGACACAACCCAAACGCGUCGUGCAAUUCAGGCCCCCAAUCAUCCCUCUCCCACACCCUUCACAACACGACGAUGACGACGACGACGACGAAGAAGAAGAACGAAACAGAAGAAAGAAAAAGUUAGAGUUCUCCACGCAAACCUCAUCGGUCAAGUCCUUCCUCGCCAGCAUUCCGGCACCCAGGAACACCGCCACUCUCGGCGUUCAAGCAAGUUCCGGUUCAGGCCGGAAAUCCAUCCUCGAAACCGAAACACCGCCACCGGCAUCGAAUUCCGGUGGUUUCAGCAAUGUUCCCGUCGAUCAAAGUACAGGGGAUUAUGAAAAUUUUGAUGAUUACCAAUAUGCCACUGACCAGUAUGCUAGUUAUUAUGGCAAUUUUGGUUCGGGUGCCGAGCCAGGGAGUUCGGGUACUGAACCAAAGGCUGGGGUUGCUGCUUAUGGAACUGAACAGUAUGGGAAUUAUGGUGAUGCCUAUGCUUCCUAUGGGGAUUAUGGACAGUAUGGGAAUAAUUGGGGUGACGUGUCGGCGCCACCGGUGCUGGAAGCUUCUGGGAUUGAUGUCAGUGUGAUAAGGAUUCCUGGGAAGAGAGGGAGGCAUGAGAUUCCGACGGAAGUGAUUGAGGUGAAGCAAGAAGAGUUGAUUAAGAAUCGGCCAAGAGAGGAUCAGGUCAAGCUAACUGGGAUUGCAUUCGGACCCACUUAUCAGCCUGCUUCGACAAAGGGGAAGCCUACAAAGCUGCACAAGAGGAAACAUCAAAUUGGUUCAUUGUACUUUGAUAUGAAACAAAAUGAAAUGAAACUUGCUGAGCGGCGUGUAAAGGGCAUGCUUACCAAAGCUGAAACACAAGCGAAAUAUGGAUGGUGAUUUGAGAUGAUGAUAUUGGAAAUACUUACAUUGAAACGUGAAAAAGCAAAGUCGAAGUUUUCAUAUUUAGUUGCAAUCCUUGUGUUUCACUGUUCUGUGUACAUUUGCUCCGUCUUUAAGUGCAAAUUAUGUAUUUCUAUUCUUAUAGCCAGUGGAAUUUUAUACCGUACAUUUUUUUAUGACAAAAAAAAUCAUUUCUUUCUUUCU